AUGCCGCUAGCAGCGGAGCCCAAAGCCGCCCGAAGCACAGCCCUGCGGAGCCGCCUCCAGGGCGACCGCGGCUCACCGCGCCGGGCACGGGCACGUCCUGCCUUUGUUCGCCCAGGGCGCCCGGCGGCUGCGGCACCCGGCACCGCGCUUCAUUCGCAACACGCCGCCCCGCUCGGAGCCCCGUUCUGGCACCCAGCGCUCCCCGCCGCACCGCUCACCUGCGUGCCGGGCCGGCGGGGCUGCGAGGGGCCGGCGGGGCUGCGAGCGGCCGGCGGGGCUGCGAGCGGCCGCGUCUGCGUGCGCCGGGCCGGCGGGGCCGUGAGGGGCGGCGAGCCCCGCCCGCCCACGCGCAGCCGCUGCUCGAACCCGCCAAUCGCCGCCGCGCGCGCCCGGCCGCGGGGGCGCGGCCGCCAACGGCCGGCGCGGCCGCAUCAUCCGCACGGGCCAAUGGCGGCGGCGGGCGGGCCCCGCCGGGCCGGAACGAACGGCACGGCCGCGCUGCUGCGCCGGGACCCGCAGGAGAGCGAGGCUGCAAGCUCGCCUCUGCCGCCCCGAGCGACUGCAGAUAAGCCUGAAGAAUUCUCCAGUCAUCACAGAGGCACCAGAGGAACAACUGGAGUUCCAAUUGAAAUGCCUGGAAAUGAAGCUUCCUUUCAAAAGGAACUACCCGUUGGUAGUUCCAGUAAGCCAGAUAGCAAAGAACAUGUAACUACCUCCAAGAUGUCCAAGGUCCUCCUGUGUCAUUUUCCUAGGGAGGAAUUACUAAGCACAUGCCACUUAAUUGAAUGCGAGACAAUACCAGAGGUGUCCUUUACUGAAAGUAUCGAUGACACUGGGAGCAAGCCUGAGCCUUCAGAACACAGCAAAGGCUCUUUAGUGUAUGAACAAUGGGCAGCGAGCUCUGAGGAGUACCCCUUAGAAAAGCACAAAGAAGUAAAGGCUUGUGACAAAGAUGGAAACUUGUUAAAUGGAAAUAGAUCCGUUUCAAAUAAACCUAUUUUUUCUUCUGGUCAGUGUGGGUGCAGACAAGAAUACUCACAACUGAUUAAUGAGACUGGAGAUACACACACCUUUCAAAACAUGAAAGAUGAGAGAACCCUGUUUAAGAGAACAGUUUCACCUUGUGAGCUCAAAUAUGGCCAAGGGCAAGCUCACUACUGCCUUCCUGACUUCUCCGAAGUUGCUUCACAAGUUCAAGUACCAAAGAAACCUGACAAUAUUACCUCAGUUCCUUCAACUGAGAGAGCAAAACCCUUUCCUGUUUUGCAAAGUAAAUCAGUAACUGUGAACAAUACUUUGGAAAAUAAGAAUUACUUCAAUUCUGCUGAAGUAGAGAAUCAAGAAGAAAGGAGUAUUUCAGAACUGCUCCAACAGCUACAGAUGCUGACACAGCAUGCUGACAUCCAGAAUCAUAUUGACCAUCUGAGAUUUAAUCCUAAGAUACUUCCUCUGUCAGACUUUGCAAAUGCCAACACUGCCAUUUCCUCAGGACACACUGGGACAUCACCUGACAUCAUCGCAUUACGUGCUCCUGUCCCUGUACAACCUACACACAGUUUGCUUAAAGCAAGACUGCAGCCUGGAACAGCAGCAUCAGCACUACCAGCAGCUGGGACAGUAAAAGCACAGUAUCUAAAUCCUUCUGAUUCACUGCCAGAACUAACACUAGGAGAAAAGAUGUCUCAAAUACUAAAGGAUCAGACAGAGCAACUGACUAAGAAAGUCGAAGACUUCUCUAAGCAUAUGAUCCAGGAAACACUCUUUUUACAAGACAAAUACCUGGCAUUAAAUCAACUGAAAGGAUACCUUGAUGCCUUGGAAAGAAAUUAUUUAAAAGCUAGAGAAGAGCACCACAACUUACAGCUGCAGAACUACAAGGACAAGCCUAUCAACCUUGGAGAGUUUGAUCCUGAGAGAAGGGUGGAAGGAGGAAUAUUCAGACUUGGCAUGCUGCUUGAAGACAUUCAAGAACAAAUGGAUGGCAGCAAAGGCAGCCUGUCAUCGUUACUGACUUCCUAUGAAUCUGCCCAAUCUUUCUGUGAGAGCUUGGCAGUUUCAGGCACUGCUGAUCUUCCACAAACAAGAGGUACUGAAACUCUAUUUUUUCACAAGAAGCAUAACAGAGAAAGAAGUCAGACAACCGAUGUAAUCCUACCAGCAAAUCAACUUUCUUUAGAAGGCAAAAAGUGCAAUCUCUGUCUGCACAUAAAUACAAACAUGCAGGAAGGAAAAACUGGAACAUCUCCACUCUUCGUGCAGAGAAAACCAACUGAUUUAUCAGAUACCAACCUGAGCAGCAAUUCAGAAGACUUCUUAGCCUUUGAUUCUUAUAAUUCACAAAGCAAGGACCUUGUCAACUGUGACAGACUUAGAUGCAGAUGCCCCACAGGAAGCAGAGCUCAAGUAAAACUCAGGAAUUACAAAGAGUCUGUUCAGUCUUGUACCCUAUGUAGAAAAAGCAGCUCUAGUUCAUCCUGUAAGUAUGAUGUGUAAUUAACAAACAAAGGCCAGCUCUUAAGGGGCAGAAAGCCACACUACACAUACCAGGACACAUUUAAUUUAGUAUAAGCACUGUAUAUCCAACUUUUACACACCUGGUCAAGUUUAAUUUCCAUGCAAACAGAUUUAACUUUCUCUGGUACUUUAUGAGAGGAAUCCCUUUCAUAUUUCAUUCACAGCAGGAAUAUCUCCUUUUGCAGAGACACAUGAAAGGAUAUGAAAAUUAGGCAUUACUGUGCCAACUUUUAUAGUGCCAGCCAUUACCUAAAAUAGUAUAAACAAGUACUAAAGGAAAUUCCAGCUCUACCCGCAUAUUGUGUGACAUGCAAAGUCAAGGGGAGCCUAAUUAAAAAAAAUUAAAUCAUCUGAACAUGAACUUUUUAAAGUGACUUAGACUCUCUCUCUAACAUAAGAAAAAAUGCUUAAAGAGAAAUAUAAAAUUUCCUUAAGAAGAAAGCAUAAACUAGCUAUUUGUCUCUAGCAAGCCUGUGAAACUAUAAAUCAAAGUAGUAUUCAUUAUUAAGAUUAUGACACUGAUUAUUCUACACUUCCCCACUGCAUGAAAUUGAAUAUACACCUGCAUUCCAUUUGCCAACUAAACUCAAGAGCAAGCACGAAAAAGUUAAUCUGUCCUCAUUUACAAAAAACUUUAAACAUAUUGAAGUUUUAUUCAGCAGUGAUAGUUACUUGAUCUUUCAUUUAUGCUAAAGAGAAAAAAAAGUUAAAAUACAAAGAAAAUUACUUUUUUUUUGUUUUACACAUGGCCUCAACAACUCCAGCUUAUUCACAGAAGAGAAUCUCCACUCAAAAGGCUCAAAAACCUAAACAGCCAGGUGAAGUUGUAACCAGACUUCAUGAAAGGAAAUCCUCUGUGGCUGCCAAAACCUGCUGUUCAAGCACAUAUGGUAAAAUUAUCCUCUCACAUCAAUACAUACCCAGUAAGAAAUCUGCACAAAGAAAAUCUGCAAUUAACAUCAGAAACACAAAUGCCAACGAUUCCUAUGCAAAUGUUUUAAGUUCUACUCUGGAUCAUGCCAUAGAGACAGCAAACAGUUUGAAGAAAGCUACAGAGCGAAUGGUACAAGCAGUUUCAGAAGAUCUAGCUGAAGUUAAAAGAAAACAGUUUUAAUUAUGUAGUUCAAAUGCUAUAUUGUUCUGCUGGGUGAUACUGAAGCAUUAGUAUCUCUGCAAAAAUCAAAUUAUGAAAACAAACAUGAAAAAGUCAGCUAGCUAACUUUGCCAGUUGUUCUGUACCUAUUGGUACUAAGCCAAACCAGAGCACACAGGUACUCCACAUUUACACUCAGGCUUAGAACUGUAAAACAAUUUAAUAAUUCUACUGAAAUUCUUUAUUAGGUUGGCUAAUCCCCAUUACUGUGUACAGAUGCCUUCUCUAAGUAUUCACUUAAGACAGCUUAAUAAAAAUUGGCUUAAACAAGCAAAAUUGACUUCUGAUUUGGAUUCCCCCCCACUCCCCAGUGUGAGAAUAAAUCUGUCAUUACUAUAUAUCAUUUCUUCUCACACUUCAAGAGAAAUCAGCCUCUGCACCCGAGACAUCUAGAAGUAAACAUGUUAGCAUACCAAGUCAUAGUCAACACUUGGAAUUAUUUUGGUUUUAGAGUGCCCUACACUGAGAGCUGUUUGUUUUUAAGAAACCUCCUUGUAUGUUGCAAUGACUGAAUUACACCAUUUGUUGUUUAUGUAUUUGUAACAACUAAAUUGAUUCUUUCAAUUUGAUGUUCUUAAUUUGUCAGAUAUAUCUGGCUUUGACAUUUUAGCUGAUGGCAAGUAGGAUGGAAAAUUAUGAAACAAUAAAAUAAUAUAUAUUAAAAUACUGUAUAAAUUUAGUGA